AAGUAAUAGCCUGGCUUCAUCCAACGUUCUCUUCUAUAUCUGGUGACACUCUGCCAUCACUUUCCACAUCCGAAUUAAUCUGUAAAAGAAUAUGGCAUUAUCAUUUUUACUUACUAGUAAAAGAGAAACAUUUGUGUCUUUCUUGAAACACAAGAAAGAUGUUUUGUCAUACCCUUGAAGAAGCUCAAGAAUCUGAGGAAGCAGUUCUUGGUCACAAAGAGUCAAUCUUUUGGGAGAUUAACUCUAUUGAGUGUAUCGAAACCUUCAUCUGAGUGUGUAGAUCUCUGAUUAUAUCUCUUAUCAACUGAGGAAGAGUCAUCUCCCUUCACAUCAUGGUUCUUUAGCGCCAAACGUUUCUUCCCAUAUGCAAUCCUUACACGUUCUCCUGACUGUCAUCACAAGCAACAAAGCUAUAGUUUAACCAUAGAGCAGAAGUGUGUUAAAAAGUCUCAAAGUUUAUUACAUUACCUUAACUUCAUCGUAUAGUUUCUUCUCUCACACGUAAAGUCGGUCCAAUGUUGCUUGAUGGCUACCUGCUGAAAGCAUACAUGACUCUUCAUAAAUUACUGGGUAACCAUGCUUUAUUUUCAUAAAUAUAAAAUUAUAUUCAUAAAUAUAAAGUUAUAUUCAUUUUAACAACUAUAUAUUUUGAUAUAAAAUACUAUACAAAAUAAAAUAGUACAAUAUAUAAUAUAUUUAAAAUUAUAUAUAUAUAUUAAAAUCGGUAAUAAUAUUAUAUAAUCAUACUAUAAAUACAAACCUAACAGAAAUUAUAUAAUUUUAUCUUCUACCAAAAGAAAAGUAUCAACUCAUCUCAAAAUUUCAUUUCGGUAAAUUUAUUUCUAUACAAAGUAGAAAACAAAGUAUUUUUUUAAAGUAUCAUGUAUUAAUAAACAUGUUAGUAAACUAUACAUUUAUACCAAAAAAUAAAAUUGAUAACACAUUUCAAGAUGUUAUACAUCUAUUAACAAAAGAUUUUAAAUUUAACCAAAGUUAAUAAAAUUUCAAGAAAAUGAUGCAUUUUGAAAGCAAAGGUCAAAAAGAAUAAGCUUAGAUUUAAAUUAAUUGUUCAAACAUUCAAACUAUUAACAAAAUACUACAUCAAUAAAAUAAAAAAAAUUAAAGAAAAUAUAUUAUUUUGAUUAGUUUAAAUGUUAUAACAUCAAAAUGAAAAAAAAAAUCAAGAUCUAGUUUCAAUUUAGUGAAAAAUUUAUAUAAUAGCAUUUUUCCAUAACAUCUGUAAUCCGAAGUCUGAAUCGAAUCCAAACAAACAAAUCUGAUUUGUACCUAGUCCAAAAUGUAAGAAUGAGUCUCGUAGGAAGAAAAAAAAAACAUAUUCGAACCUGAAAUGUUAUUAGCCAAACCCGAAGAAAUGCACCGAAGAGAUGGCCACUGAGAAGACAAUUAUCGAUUUUAUUUUUUAAAGUAUAGAUAGUUAUAUUAAAUUUCACAUGAGUAUAAUUGUAUGAAGAUAAGAUAAUUUAUUUACAUAACCCAUCCCAUAUUAAUUUUAUUUAUACUUUAAAGCUUAAAUUAUGGUACAAAUUUAUUUUUAAUUUUUAUAUUGGUCAAAAUUUAUUUUGAUUAUUAUAUAAAUUAAAUAUAUGUCAUUCAAUCCGUCUCAUACUUGAUAAAGACAAUAAAUUAUUUUUAAUAUUCUAAUUUAAAUAUGUAUAUUAAAGUAUGAAAUUAUUUAUUAGUUUAUAUAUCUUACUUUAAUAUUUUGUUUUAAAAUAUGAAAUUAUUUAUUAGUUUAUAUGUCUUACUUUAAUAUUUUGUUUUAAAAUAUGUUAUAAAAUUCAUGAAUAUAUGUUAUUCUUGAAUUUUAUAAUUUAUAAAAUAGUUAAUAAAUUGGUUAAAUUACUUUAUAUUUAUAAAUUAUUGUAAUAAUUUAAUUAUAAAUAUAAAUUGUAUAUACAAAUAUUAUAGGAAUGUUAUUUCUUAUUCUAUAAAUAAAAGAUGAAUUGAUAUUCGUUUGAUAAUUAUAGUUAAUAUUAAUUAUGAAUUUUAUUAUGUAAAGUAAAUAUUAAAAAUAAAUAUAUAUUUAAACUUUAAAUUAAAAGGUAUUAAAAGAUAUUAUUAAAACAAAUCUUAGAAAAGAUACUUAAGAAUAUAUUUUUAGAUAUCUUAUUUUGAAAAUUUUAAAUAUUUGGUUAAAUAUGAUAUAUAUUUAAUAAUAACUAAAUUAGUUGUUGGAGAAAUAAUAGGAAAUUAAGUAAAUGUAGUGGUUCAACCUAGAUUAUUUGUAAUUAGAUAAAAAAUUCUUAUGUUUUAAUAGUAUUGGUCAUUUGAUUGAGCAUUACACGAUAUUUGUUUCUGUUCCAAUCAGGCCCAUCAUAUAUAUGCCAUUAUGUGACGGUCAACAGCAACGAGAGGAACCAACCAGUCACCAUCACCACCAUGCAUGAAAGAGUUGUGAUUGAAAAGCUUUAGCUUCUCGCUCGCAUUUGUACCUAUAACCUCUUCAUCUUGCAGUCAACAGCAAGAAUGAUGUAUUAUCGAUAGAGAAACCAUGUGAUUCAUAAAAAAUAUGUAGUUCUUCAUUGAUCAGACAUGAUAAAGAAAAGGAAUAACAAACAAAUGGAAUGAAGAAAGAAAAAGAUUUCAUAAAUCAGCAUAAAUUAUGUACAAACCAAACGGGUUUAAUGACAUAAUUGAUGUUUUCAUAAUUAUUAAAAAAUCGAUUAGUAAAUUUGCAAAACAAAAAUGAAGAAACAGCUGGUUUCCGGCUAUAUAUAGACUGAAAUAACUUUCUUUGUUUUUUUUUUGUUCUUUUGUCAGCCUUCGGUUUUAAAUUUAUGAAAAUGAUAAAUCAUUUUAAAACAAAUAUAAAUAAUAUAUUUUGUGAAAACAAAUGGAGAGAAUCAUAAACCAAUAAGUACAGUCCCCAACCAAAGUUAUUCAAAUGAUUCAUACUAAGUAUCGAAUUUACAUUUUUAUUGCAUGUAUUUUCAGUUUUUUUUUAAUUCAUUAUUUUAUCAAAAUAAAAAAAAUAUUAAAUAGGAACAAAAUUGAAAAUUUAAUAAUUUCUUAAUUUUAAUUUUAAAAUUUUGGUCAUUAUAAUUAUAAUCAUUUUAAAUUUUAAUUUUUGAAUUUUUAAAUUUUGGUCAUUAUAAUUAUAAUCAUUUUAAAAGUAAAGAUAAAACAGAAAAUUUUAUUAUUUUCUUAAUCCUUGCGCAAAAAACGUUACAAACUAUAUGACUAAAUUCAGAAAUUUUGGAUUUUCUUGUCAUUUUAUUUAUAGUCAGUCACUUAUGAAUUCAAACUUUUGACUUCCUUUAUAGUAAAGAUCUUUAUCGGCAACGUAUUUAUAUUUUUUUGGGGGUGCGCAACAUUAUAUAUAUAGACCAAGCAAAUGUCUAAUGAUAUAUUAACCUUAAAGAAACAAAAUUUGAAAAUGAAGAAGGCACUCUCACUUGUGGUUUUCAUGAUCUUCUCUAUCAUGCUUGCUUCGGUUAAAAAUAGGGUGAACGCAAAUGUAUGCUCGGAAGGUCUAGGCAUUUGUUACCAAUGUGAUGAGAGGUGCAAGGCCAGGCACGGGCCGACGGGUCAAGGCAUGUGCGACCGAUAUAACCUAUGCACGUGCAAUUAUAUAUGUGGACCAGUACCACCUCCACCAUCUCCCCCGACCAAAUACUGCUCUGGCGGGGCUGGCCUUUGCGAUAUUAGAUGUGGGAACCCAUGUUGCAAUCAAAGCUGUGCACAAAAGUACCCUGGUGGAGUUGGAUUUUGUGAUAGUCUUGCCCAUACUUUAUUGUGCAAAUGCCAAUACCCUUGCUAGGUUUAUUUUUUUUCUUUUUUUGAAUAAGUAAAGCCGAAUCAUAUUUUUCUACAUAUUUUAACUUCGAUGGUUGUAAUACUUAAAACUAUUAUUAUGGUUAUUUAUAAGCAACUUCUCUGCAUGUUCAUGGUUCAUAUUGUCUGAUGCUGAAAAUGCCAAACGAACACAAAAUUUAACCUAGAUAAUGCCCAAAAAGAUCGAUCUAAUCAAUUCAGUCCGCACGAUAUUCUCUAGAUCUCACUCGCUCUUUUUUUUGGCACCAUUCGAAUGAUUCAAUCCAAGAAACUGAAAGAAACCUAAUUCGAAAAAAGUCGAAAAGAAUGCAAAGGUUUGUUCACCCAGUGUUCACUUCUAAUAUGGCGUUAUUCACAAGGACCAUACUCAGCCUGGCAAAUUCACUAGAACAAAGACUGAUAACAUCCCCGAGCCAAAUACCAGGGCAUGUUAAUUAUUUAUUCUCAUCCCCAUCAAAGAUUGAAUAUAUGUGCCAUGUUAUGAAUACCGUAAUAAUAUCUCGAGUAACGAACGGACAUAAGAAAAAAAGUGAGAUCAUCAAGCCUGAUAUUAGAUUUAGACAAUGACUAGUCGUGAGAGUCCACAAACAAAGGAAGUCAUGUUCUUACCAAUUCCAUGAGUUUUCAGAGAUAUUAGAUAUAUGUGUAUAAUAAUAAUAAUUUAUUUAAGAUAUUUAACCUGAAUUUUCUCAAUAUAAAAUUGACCAGUUUUAUCAGGAAACAUCAAAUAGU